CGGAUUCAAAUAUUGGGCGGCGAUAGUUUUGACACCGUUACAGAUUCUUUUGAAUUCCACGGCGAUAAAGCGAAAUAAAAUAGGGUUCGUACGUGGCGGAUUUCAAUCUUUCAGACGUAUCGAGUUUGCUGCGUAUUUCAAGCUAAAAUGGAGCCGAGUUUGUCCAAGUUUCUGGUUGGACUGUCCGUGAUGAUCAGUCGCAGCGAUGGCAGGAUUCACGCAGCCACGGUGAAGUCUGUUGAUGCCGCAAAGUCCCAUGUGAUGGUCGAAUGGAAUGAGAGGAACAUAGUGCGAGGAAAAGAGAUUUUGUUUAGUGACAUUUGCUCGCACAAUCCGGAGCUCGCACCUCACAUCCAUGCUGCCUCCACCUCUGCUGCUGAGCCUCCACCUGCUCGAGAAAAGAAAUAUGAAGGUCGACUACGCUCAUCCAGGAUCCCAGCACCAGCCUCAUUUGCCAGUCGUUCGCAGGCCAGGCAGACCUGCCUCUUCACGCCUUCCUCUCUGGGCUCUGAGCAACAACUGGGGAAUCCGGACACCAAUCAUGGUCCUCCUUCAUCAGCGCUGUCCCACUCUAAUGCAAACCAGCGAAGAAAAAAUGAGGCCAACCCUCCCAUGUCAUUGCCAUACGUGAGCGAGGACGUCAAGGAGAACGAUGCGCCAGAAAAAAACCUCAAAGGUAGGUGUAAAUCGGUGACUCCUCAAGAGGUCAUUAAAAACAACAAAAGAAAGUCGUGUGUCAUCAAACCCUCCGAGAUGCAGUUGAAAAGAGGGAAGUGCGGUGAGGUUUCACGCCCGAACCAGAAGUUCUACGAAAUGAUCGAGGAGUUCCGAGAGACCUUGGAAAUAACCCCGAUAUCCAAUUCUGCUCUGAUUGAACCUCACAGGAUUUGUGUGUGCGUCCGCAAGCGCCCAUUCAACAAGCAGGAGAUUAACAGGAAGGAGAUUGACGUGAUCUCGGUGCCUGGAAGAGGAACCCUGCUGGUCCACGAGCCCAAACAGAAGGUUGACCUCACCAAGUAUUUGGACAACCAGACCUUCCAGUUCGACUACUCCUUUGAUGAGACCUCCACCAAUGAAGUCAUCUACAAGUUUACAGCUAAACCCUUGGUGCGUUCCAUCUUUGAGGGCGGCAUGGCAACGUGUUUUGCAUAUGGGCAGACAGGAAGUGGAAAAACUCAUACGAUGGGCGGAGAUUUCACGGGAAAGCAGCAGAACAGCGCCAAGGGAAUCUACGCUCUGGCAGCUCAGGAUGUUUUCGCUUAUUUCAACCACAAGAAAUACUCCAGCUUGGAUCUCAGUGCCUACGUCAGCUUCUUUGAGAUUUACAACGGGAAGGUGUACGACCUGCUGAACAAGAAGGCCAAGCUCCGGGUUCUGGAGGACGAACGGCAGCAGGUCCAAGUGGUGGGUCUGGAGGAGGUCUGCGUCUAUCAGGCAGAGGACGUCAUCAAGAGCAUCCAGCUGGGCAGCGCCAUCCGGACCUCCGGCCAAACCUCGGCCAACUCCAACUCCUCUCGCUCGCACGCCAUCCUUCAAAUUGUCCUGAGACGCAACGACCGUGCCGCGACACUGCACGGCAAAUUCUCACUGGUCGACUUGGCCGGGAACGAGCGCGGCACCGACGUGAGCGGCAACGACCGCAGCACCAUGGUGGAGACGGCCGAGAUCAACCGCAGCCUGCUGGCUCUGAAGGAGUGCAUUCGGUCUCUGGGGAAGAACAGUGACCACAUUCCAUUUAGAAUGAGCACUUUGACCAAGGUCCUGAGGGAUUCCUUCAUUGGAGAGAAGUCCAGAACCUGCAUGAUUGCAAUGGUGUCUCCUGGAAUGGCCUCCUGCGAGUACACAAUGAACACACUGCGUUAUGCUGACAGAGUGAAGGAACUGAACGGGUCGUCCAAAACUAACGGAGCAGUAAAGGCAGAGGAGCCUGAUGUUCUCUCUUCUGAAGAGGAAUCAAUCGGAGACACCAGUGUGUACGAUGCCAUCAGUCAGGUGGCAGAUUUGGAGGAGAAGGUUUACACAGAGUUGAAGAAAGCAAAUGGCCUUGUCACAGCGAUGGAGCAAACCUCUUACAACAUUGAAGCAGGACUUCCUGACCUGAUCAACCUCUCCCAGAAGCUGUCGGAAACUGUCAUGGCGCUUCAGUCCGCCGUCGAGAAGGAGAGAAUUACAAGGCUGCAUCGCUGAGACGACGUCAACUUCUGCCAUAUUCACAGCUCCUCCCACCUUGCAUUUAAUGUUUUCAAUAUAUUUUCUUCAUAAAAACACUAAUUUCACACUCUGAGGUUUAAUAGUUACAUUGUCUUUUAAUGUUGUCACCAUGAUUCCAAAUGAUCAGGCUUCCAAAGACUGGAGGGAGGUGACUUUUGUGGUAUGAGCUGAAUGUCUUGAUGUGUUUGUCUUUUUCAUGUUCCAUUCUGUUUGUGUAUAUUGACAAUUAAA